CCCAGCGGCGUCUUUAGUAAGCCUCGCUAAUUUGACAGACUAAAGGCCCUAACCAAAAAAUUUGGGGAAAAAAUCGGGAAAAUACAACAAAAUUGUGUUAUAUAACUGAUAUACAGCGCGUUUAGUGAAUCCUGGACACUCCGUGCCUAUUAUUUAAAAAAUGCCGUAAACCAAAAAAAUCAACCUAACACCAACCAAAAAAAUGCAUAAGAAGCCUUAAACCAAACCCGUAACGUCCAAAACAGUGAUAUAAAAAUGUCUCACUCCGAACACUAGAAAAAAGACUAAAUCAAAAAAAAAAACAACAAAUGAAGAUGUCUAGCGGGGAAGACAAAAAAAAGUUCUACUGCAGAGACUGGGCCUUCCAAAAGUUAUCGCACUGUCUCGAUCAAAGAACGGUGUCGAAAACUUGCGGAGUUUUACUCUUGGGUGGAAGUGGUUGCGGAAAAACCACAUUAUGCACCGAGUUGGCCUAUCCUAGCAGCGGUCCGACCGGUAGACAACAGAGGGCUCUGAACCGCAGAUUGCUGUGCUACCACUUCCUGCAGGGUCAUAACGAGAAAAGUUUAUCUUUGAGCGAGUUCGUUAGGUCUUUGGUGACGCAGAUUUUAAACCACAGCACGGAAAGUCACAAAGAAAGAUCCAUACGGCGUAAACAAGCCGCUAAGGUGCUUGAAGGGGGGUCAAACAACAUAGGUUACGAGCAAAAUAUCACAAGCAACUCUGAAGGUCUUUACAGCAACAUUUCACCCAAUACAGACACCAAAAAAUCCAUAGACUUACCAAUAAACCCCAGAACUACAAUUGCAGAUGCCUAUUUGGAGAAGUUAAAGUUGGACCCCGAGAUACAGAUAGCGCUAAGGGCCAAAAACAUAGAGCAGAACCCUGAUGACUGUCUCAAGAGAGCUCUACUGUUUCCUCUGCUGGAAAUUGACCCCCCAAAACAAAGCCUCUUCAUUUUGAUCGACUCCAUCGACGAGCAUUCCUUCGUUUACUCUAAUAGCACCCUAACGCGGUCUAAACCCAGAGAGAGGUCCAGCCAAAGCAAGACAAUUGCGGAAUUACUGGCCAACCACCAUCAUCUACUGCCGCAAUGGUUACUACUGGUUUGUACCGCCAAAAAGCAGUCAAAAAGCAUCGCGAAGAUGUUUACAGGCUUCAGAAAACUAUCCCUGGAUGAUUUGAGAAAAUCUCAGGUGGUUAGAGAUGUUCAGCAGUACAUUUUGGCGCGGUUGGACCAAGAGAACAGUCUCAGGCAGCAUAUAUCGCGAGAUACGGCUGAAAUGCUCAACCAACUGCACAUAAAAUCCAACGGUUGUUUUUUGUAUCUGGAAAAAGUUCUGGAUGGGGUGUCGGAUAACUUCAUAGUCCUCAGAGAGGUCAGGGAAAUCCCCGGGACGUUAAACGGUUUGUAUCUGUGGUUAUGUCAAAGAUUGUUCAACAGAAGACAAUUCUCUAAAGUUCAGCCACUUCUGAAUGUUAUAUUGGCGGCAAAAUGCGCAUUAAGCGAGACGCUACUCUUUGACAUUAUUAAAGUGUACAACCCAAAAGUAACCUCGGAAGACUUCAAGAAGAGAUUCUCGCUGCUAAGACGCGUCAUCAUCAUCAACAAAAUCGGCGUCAUCUCGCUUUUUCAUCACUCCUUCGCAGACUGGUUGCUCGACAUCAAACAUUGCACGCAGAAAUUUUUGUGCAACAUUUUUAACGGGCACUGCAUCUUGGCGAUGUACUACACCUUGCACGCCAAACUUUUGAACGUCCAGGAGAUUUACGACUACGCCUUUCAUUUGACCAGGAUGGAGCAAUUUUUGAGCGAAAAGCCCAGCCAGAAGUGCCCAACGUUGUUUAAAUUGACGCAAGAUGGGAAGAAUACUAGUACUUUGGGAACUGAUUCACUCGAAAAGACCUCCACCGAAAUCUAUGCAGACUUAAAAGCUUUGCAAGAGCUGACGAAAAAUUACGAAAAAGAUUUGAAUUACGAACUGGAAAACCUCCAGUUGGAUACUAGUUUUAUAGAAACAGAACCUAGCACCCAACAGUUACAGUUGGACUUGGAAUUGGAGAAAAAUGAUUUGAAUGUCAACGUCAACGAAAUAGUGAACUUGGUGAAUGCUAGAACCCCCGCAUCCGAUAAAGAUCCCAUCUACGCUUCAGUUAACAAAAUAAAAAAGGUCGAAACCAACAAUGCGGAUGCGGUUGCUGUCAAGAAUGAUCUGGAUAAUAAAGAACCUAAACUUCAACAAACAAAUUUGGAUCAGCUCCACAAGAUGUCGGAUUUGACCCAGAAAAACACCGACAUCAACCUAAAAACCAGUACUACCAACGAUUUAAACCUAACCUCACUUACGUCCACCACCACCAUAAACACGCUUGCCAACCCUCAAGAGCAAAACAAAAACACCUCGAACGGUUUUGACGUGCACACCUUGACGGUUCUCUGGCUGAUUUACAGCGGUGCCAACGUGGAGGAGUGUCUUUUGGAGGGGAACGAAAUGUCCGGGGUAAAUUUCGGAGCUUUUUUGCCCACCGAUCAAAAAGUCUUGAAGCUUUUGCUCGAAGCUGGCGCUGUCGAGCAGCAAGACGGCGAAGGCUGCGGUUACGAGAGUCAGAUGUCGCUAGCAUCGACAUCUAGUGAGCAAAGUCCUGAACCAUUGUUUGACCUUCAAGACAUUCAUGGGCAAGCGGCUUUACACGUUGCAGCAAGACUGGGUCAGGCCCAAGUUGUGAAGGUGCUUUUAGAAGCAGGUGCAAACGCCGAUCAGGCUGAUGUCGACGGAUGGACGCCCCUCAGAGCUGCCGCCUGGGGCGGCCAUACUGAGGUGGUAGAACUGCUCGUCAAACACGGUUGCUCGCUGGACAGUGUGGAUUCUGAGAAUCGCACUGCACUAAGGGCUGCCUCUUGGUCGGGACACGAGGAGAUUGUGAGGAACUUGCUGCAUAACGGUUCGAACGUGAACUUGACGGAUCACGAAGGCAGAACGGCCCUCAUAGCGGCCGCUUAUAUGGGUCAUUCCGAGAUUGUGGAGCAUUUGCUGGAGUUCGGGGCCGAUAUUAAUCAUCCGGAUGCCGAUGGGAGGACGGCCUUGAGCGUCGCGGCGCUCUGUGCACCUAGAUCCCCCGGCACGAGCGUAGUAUCGACUCUGCUCGAGCGCGGCGCCAGCGUCGAUCACCAAGACAACGAAGGCAUGACGCCUCUUUUGGUGGCAUCGUUCGAAGGUCACCGAGACGUGUGCGAAGUUCUGCUGGAAAACGAGGCGGACGUCGAUCACUGCGACAGAGGCGGGCGCAGCCCCCUGUGGGCCGCCGCCAGCAUGGGCCACGCCCCCGUCGUGGCCCUCUUGCUGUUCUGGGGCUGCUGCAUCGACAGCAUGGACGCCGAAGGCAGGACCGUGCUGUCCGUGGCCGCGGCGCAAGGGUGCGUAGAGGUGGUGCGUCAACUCUUAGACAGAGGUUUAGACGAACUGCACAGAGACAACUCCGGAUGGACACCUUUACAUUACGCAGCUUUCGAGGGACACCACGAUGUGUGCGAAGCUUUAUUGGAAGCUGGGGCGCGAAUCGACGAAACCGACAAUGAAGGAAAAGCUCCUUUAGCUUUAGCAGCACAAGGGGGGCACACAGUUUUAGUCAACAUGUUUAUCGAUAAAUAUGGCGCACCCGUUAACCAACGGCCUCACGACGGCAAAACUGCCUUAAGACUUGCCGCAUUGGAGGGACACUACGAUAUCGUGCAAAUUUUGAUUGCAAACGGGGCUGAUGCGGACGUUAAGGACGCGGAUGGCAGGAGCACCCUGUAUGUUCUGGCUUUGGAUAACCGGUUGGCUAUGUCGAAGUAUUUCAUACAGCAAGGGGCGGAUGUGGAAACUAGGGACCUUGAGGGUCGUACUCCGCUUCACGUUUCUUCCUGGCAAGGCCACACGGAAAUGGUGUCCCUUCUUUUGACCUACGGAAAAGCCCAAGUGGACGCCACUGAUUUAGAAAACCGCACCGCACUGCACUCCGCCUCUUGGCAGGGCCAUUCCGACAUCGUCAAAAUGCUUUUGGAUCACAGGGCCAUGCCCGAUCACACCUGCAACCAAGGCGCCACAGCGCUGGGUAUAGCUGCUCAGGAAGGCCACGAGUUGUGCGUAGUUGCUUUGCUGGAGCACGGGGCGGACCCCAAUCAUUCGGACGCCUGCGGGCGGAACGCGAUGCGGGUUGCCGCCAAGAGCGGCCACCGCGGCGUUGUCAGGUUGCUCGAGGACUACAACGCGAGGAGCCACCAGAAGGUGGCGCACACGAGCAGCAGCGCCAACUCGAUCACGUCCGCAUCAACUGCGGAAACAAAACCAUCGUGCGCCGUAUUAUACCCAGGCUCUUCGGAAUGGCCCGAACACCAACGUCGUUCAACUAUUUCUUUAGGAAAUCACAGUUCCAACUCUAAAUCCAGUUCAAACUUGACGAAUUCGAGUCAUUCUAGUCGCCAUGGUGACCGACAAAGAGGAGAAAACGCGCAAAAUACACAGCCAAUGUCAUUUACACAACAGCUACAGCAAUGCACAAGGGGGGCAAAAACGCGCCCCCUCAGUAAACUAUUGUCCCCCCUACAAAGUGAACCGCAAAGUCCCAUUUACGCAUCCCCACCUUUAUCUCCGGUCCACGACAUUUCAAGCAAUAUAUUUGGUGCAAUGAAUAUUUACCAACCUGUUUUGCGUCACAACAACUUUGCUAAAGCUCCGGACACGCAUUUUGCCCGUGACACGCACAUGCGUAUUAUUUUGGGCAAUUCGGGCAAUUCUUCCGCGUUCGGGUCAAAAACGGACAAGAAAUCUGACAACAAUGCAGAUAACAGCAACUCGAAAAGCAGCAAUCAAAAACCAAAACGAAACGGUUUGGUUUCCAAUCUGAACCCCGCUUUACGCCUCGUUGCCAACGUUAAAAACGGCUUGGAUUCGGCAGCACAAAACUUGAGAAAAUCCACAUCCGGAAACAAUCCCAGCACCAAAACCAACAGUUUUCACUGGAGAAAGGAAACCCCGCUUUAAAAAACCUUUUUUAUCUGGUGCAAGAAGGUUUUUUCGGACAUAUGCUAGUCAAUAUUAAGGUUUAACUAAUAAUAUAACACAAAAAACACAACACCAUACCUACCUAGUCUUACUUAUAUCAAAGAUUAAUUUUCUAAAAAAAAACACUGCAAACUAUAACAAAUUAAUUAACUACUCAUAUAUUUUUUUUAAGUUGUUAAAAUUAAUUUAAAAGUUCGAUAAACAUAAGUAGUAAAGUAUUUUUGAUUAUUAACAGUAUACAGGGUGUUUAGCACUGUUAUAACCAUCAAUAACUAGAGUUGUUAGUUUUAUUUAAAUUAUCGUUUUUUUUAUUUAUUUAACAGUAUAAAACGUGACACCCUGUAUAUAAAAAUUAGCCUGGGCCAAAAAAAUCAACUAUUUUUAAUAAUAAUUUUUUUUGUCACCCCAAACAAUAUUUUCGAUAUACUUUACAAAAAAAAAUAGUCGAUUUUUUUGGCCCAGUCUAAUAAAAAUGUAUCUAUAUACUAGUUUGGGCCUAAUUUGAUUUAACUGUUUUUGACUUUUGUGAAGUUCUUGUUUUUGUGGAUAGUUUAUAUAUUUAGUAAAGCAAAUUUUGGAAUAAAUCAAGGGUACUAAAAAAAUCUAGCAAUACCUACACAAAAAAAAAUAAAUGAAGUCAGUAUUUUUAUUCUAAAAUUUGCCGGUUAGUUUAAUAUGUAAUAUUGGAAAAUAUUAUGUAGCAAUGCAAUAUAUAAUGUCUACAAAUUGAUUUUUUGUAGUGUAUUCUUUUUUGCUUUAAAAUAAUGCAUACAAAUGCAGGGAUCUGUAAUACUUAGUUAAAAUAAACACCCGGUAUAAGAUUUCUUCUUGAUUUAUCUAUCUAACCAAUAAAAAGAUCCCGACAAACAAUUUUCUUUUGUUUAACAAACUACUAAGAUCUCAUGCUGUAAUAAUAAUAAUAAUUAUUAUUAUUAUAAAGUAAUAUUUUUGUAUUAUCUUCACGAACAUAUUAAUUGAUAAUAUUAGUUUUUAAGGUCUGUAUAAUUUUGAGUGACUUUUCUUUUUGUUUUACUUUUCGAUGUUUAUUUAUUUUUUCGUUCUAAUUAAUACCUUAAAGUUUUUUUCGUUUGUAUACAGUUAUUUUGUGCACUGUAUAUUUAAAAACAGUAUUAAAAUAAAUAUAUAU